ACGUACGUCAUUGUGUGUGCGACGCUGUGUGUCAGUCAGGGUCGCUAACGAAAGAACAAUGUCAAUAAGAGUAACAGCCAUGUUUUCAGUGAAUAUUGUGCGCACCACACGGCACCGUGUGGCUUCUCAGUGCGUCAGUAAGAGACACUUUACGGCGCCAUGUUUCAGAGCCAUGAGCAGAGAGAGUAAGCAGCUCGAGGGCCGCAGAAGCUCCUUCCUCAACCCCACCGAGGUGCACUCCCACCGUCCACCCACCUGCCGUCUGUCCUCAGUCCCCCCCUCAGAGGACGGAGACCUCGUGUACACUGGCAGCCUGGCCAGAGCUGUUCGAGGGGUCAAGCUGUUUUCAUACAGCACCAGUGGGACCAGCCUCUUCCUGGUGCCCCACACCCUCCUAAAGACCGGACUGGUGGUCCAAAGCUUUGCCUUGACGGCCGCUUUCUGUGGAGUCGUCGGAUUUUUCACCUUCCUCACCCCAGUCCUCCUCCACCUCAUCACCAAGGGCUAUGUGGUCCGCCUCUACCACCAGCCAGACGGAGACACCUACACAGCCAUCACCUACAGCGUCUUCCUCACUGAAAAAAAGAGUGUGUUCCACCAGAGGCAGGUCAGGAUCCCAGCUGUAGGCAAGAUGUUCACCACCUUCUAUGCUGACAAAAUGGGGCUACUGGUAAACCCGGACAUGUUCCGCGUUCCACAUGACUACAACCACCUGAUGGGCUACGAUAAGCCCUUCCGCUUCGACGCGGACCACAUCAAUGACCCGGAUAAGAGCUGAACUGCCCACCGGAUCGAUGUGGUGUGGGUGUACGAGUCGUUCCCCGUUUCACACAUUCACAGAGCGCUCUGCGAGGAUUUCUCUCAACAGGUUUCCACAUUUCUUGUUAAUAAAUUAUGACAUCAUUAA